AGGGAGGAAUAUGGCGCGUUUCAUACACUUGUCAAGAAUCAAUUGAGAGAAGAUGAAGACAAGUUUUACAAUUAUUUUAGAAUGCAGAAAACUACAUUCGACAACUUGCUCCAAAAAUUAUCCCAGGAACUAAAACAUCAAGAUACUUUUAUGCGAGAGAGUAUAUCGCCCGCAGAAAGAUUGGCUGUAACUCUGAGGUAUCUAGCAACAGGAGAUACCUUUACUGACCUAUACUACAGCUAUAGAAUUGGAAUAAAAACCAUAAGUUGCAUCGUACGUGAAGUAUGCCACUACAUUUGGUUAGAACUGUAUAAAGAAUAUAUGAAAAUGCCAUCUAAAGAAGACUGGCUACACAUUGCAAGCAAAUUUCAAGAAUCUUCCAACUUCCCGCUGUGCUUAGGAGCGGUCGAUGGAAAACACAUCAGACUUAUUAAGCCAAUUGAUAGUGGCUCGAUGUUUUUAAAUUACAAACAUUUUUUUUCUAUAGUUUUGAUGGCAGUAGUAGAUAGCGAUUACAACUUUAUAUUUGUUGACGUUGGCGCCUACGGAAAGGAGUGUGAUUCCAGUGUGUUUAAAGAGACCCCAUUUUGGAAAAAUUUAACAAACAACGGAUUAAAUCUACCCGAUGCAACACGUUUGCCUGGAAUUGACUACGAUUUGCCAUAUGUGUUCGUUGCGGACGAAGCCUUUGCUUUGCAUUAUCACUUGCUUCGUCCAUUUGGUGGUCAUCAGCUUGAUCAAUUAAAACGUACAUUUAACUACAGACUCACAAGAGCGCGAAGAUUUGUUGAAUGUGCGUUUGGCAUUUUAUCCAAUAAAUGGCGAAUUUUUCACCGGCCAAUGAAUGUGUCCAUCGAUUUGGCAGUUGAUAUUGUGAAAACAUGUUGUGUUUUGCAAAAUUUUAUACAUAAGCAGGAAAACUUUCAGUUUCACAAUGCGAGUGAAAAUGAGUCCACCCUUGAUUCAGAAUCGGAACUAAUCCAGUUACCUAUCACGAAUGCAGUUCGCGGAAGUUUGGCGGCUAAUGAAGUUCGCAACAGAUUUGCACAAUAUUUUGUAUCUAACGAAGGUCGCCUCUCCUAUCAAAACAACUAUGCAUAAGUAAAAAGUUAAUAAUUAAAUAUCUGUAACUUA